AUGUUAUUUGAAUCUACAAAAACAUCAUCACGACCUUCUUCGAACAUCUCUUUAAAUCAAUCGUCUCGAGCGAUUCGUCGUCAAAAACAAAUAAGAUCACAUCGUCAUAAUUUACUAAAUCAAACACUUGAUAAUUUUUAUAAUAUUUUACGUCGCACUAAAGCUGAUCAAACUGUUAAAUCUGCUACAAGUUGGGUUAAUGAAUAUGAAACUUUUAGAAAAUCAGUUAUACUUGAAGAAAUUAGUAGCAUUAAUUUUGGUACAAUGAAUUUUAAUGAUACGUUAGUUGUAAAUAAUCGUGAAGAUUCAAUGACCGGAAUUGAACCU